UGUAUUAACUGUGCUGGCAGUGCCAUCUGUGUAAAUCUUUAAUAUGGAAGUCGUUAUUAGGAAAUAAUGUACAAUUAAAUAAUCUUAGGUGUCUUGCUUGAUAAAACAAACGUAACCCCGUAUACAAGUAAGGCACCAAUUCAGUCUUCAUUCCGGGAGAUGUACAUUCAAGAACCAGUACAGGCUGCUAUAUGGCAUUGCCUAGAUCACUACGCAUAUGCGGAUGCGACAUUUCUUGCGGAACGUCUUUCCGCAGAAGUGGAUUCAGAUGAAGCACUGUUCCUGCUAGCAACAUGCUAUUAUCGCUCAGGGAAAACUGGUCAAGCAUAUUCAGUGUUAAGGAGGAAAGGACCAACUUCUGCAAAAUGUAAAUUCCUUAUGGCAAAAUGCUGCCUUGAUCUUCAAAAGCUGUCUGAAGCAGAAUCUAUUCUGACAGACGGAGAUCCAUCUAGAUCCAGAAAUAUUGAAGAAAUAAUAUCAGAAUUUGGGGAACACUCUUGUUUUGCUCUCCAGAUCCUUGCAAAAAUAUGUUUACAAACAGAACGAGGCUCCAAAGCUGCAGAGGCUUUGCGACGGGCUCUAAAACUCAAUCCAUUCCUUUGGCAUUCUUUUGAGGAACUGUGUAAUUGUGGGGAGAAACCAGAUCCCCUAAGAACAUUUCAGGUUUCAAAUAUGGACAGUUUUAUUAUGUGUACUGGCAGUAGCCAUCGUACCACUUGUGAAUAUGGCUUUGGUACAUCAUUUGGUGGAAACACUCUUUCCUCUAAUAAUUCCAACACCACCCCAAAUGAGGUGCAACAAAAUACAGUAAACAGCACUCCUGUACAAAAUUCCAACUGCUUUAAUACUGCGUUGACGAGUGUUAAGGUAUUUACACCAGAUGACAGUCCGUUGGUACAUAACACUUUGUGCUCAGCUCUGUCUGGUAUAGGAGCACUUUCAAACUCAAGAGGGAAGCAGUCACGGUUUAGAGGCAGUAUUCUGUGCAAUAAUAUUAGCCCUCUGACACCAAGUUUUGGCACUCUGUCGUUUGAGUCAGCAAAUACUGAUACGUAUCAGAUGUCUUACUUCUCACCAUCAUUGCUCCCUGCAACAACUCUUACUGAAGCGAAUGAUCAGAAGAGCCUUGCCAAACGCGUGAGCAACCUGCGUGCCCAUGUAGGGCAAUUGAUUAGUCGGAAGGAGACACCUCUCCAGCAAAGUAAACCAGUCUUCAGUCAGUCUGGGAAUACAAGCAAUGCGUCAAACAUUGUCGCAGCAACGAGUCCAACUGUUGCAUCUGCUCUUCAACCGGGUCAGAAUGUGCGAAGGAGUUCCAGACUAUUUAGUAAUAGCUACUCUGUAAAGGAGAAUAACAAGAGUCCUAAUAGAACGAAAUUUGUAACGCCGAAAUCACCUUCGAGGAAAACAAAGUCUCGAAUAGCAAAGGCAAAUCUAAACAAAACUAGUUUUAGUGACAUGAAUGAACGAAAUCGCAGUGAAAAGGAGAGGCAAGAAACAAUCACAUCGUCUGAUAAUAAAUUAAUUAGUAAUAGUAUAUAUGGAUAUAAUUCUACUCAGCAAGUCUUCCAGCUUCAAAAGCAAUCUGCAGAGGGCCUGAUGUCUUUAUUACGGGAUAUUGGCACGGCAUACUUACACCUUGCACAAUAUAACUGCCGUAAAGCUAUAGAAUGUUUUAGUAACCUCGCUCCUCAGCAUUACAACACUGGAUGGGUGCUAGCACUCAUGGGAAAAGCCCACUAUGAACUGGGUGACUAUCAAACAGCAGUCAGAUAUUUCAGUGAGAUGAGAGAGCUGGAGCCAUAUAGAAUGCAGAUGACAGAAGUGUACAGCACUGCCCUGUGGCACCUACAGAAGGAAGUGGCCCUCUCAGCACUGGCUCAGGACCUCAUGUCUCAGGAUAGGUGUGCGCCAGAAGCAUGGUGUGCUACUGGGAACUGCUUCAGCUUGCAGAAGGAACAUGACAGUGCAAUAAAAUUCUUUCAUAGAGCAGUUCAGGUUGAUCCUUCCUUUGUAUAUGCGUAUACUCUCCUGGGACACGAGUAUGUUACAACUGAAGAACUGGACAAGGCAAUGAGUUGCUUUCGAACAGCCAUUAGGUUAGACCAACGACAUUACAAUGCGUGGUAUGGAAUUGGAACUAUAUUUUUAAAGCAGGAGCGAUUUUUGCUUGCGGAACUUCAUUUCAAAAGAGCUCUUGCUAUUCACCAUCAGAGCUCUGUUCUGCUGUGUCAUAUAGGAGUGGCCCAACAUGCACUUCUUAAGACAGAAAAAGCUCUGCAAACGUUGAAUGCAGCUAUUCAAAAUGAUCCAAUGAAUCCACUUUGUAAGUUCCACAGAGCAUCUAUCUACUUUGCUGCAGGGAGGAAUACAGAGGCUCUGAAGGAGCUUGAAGAACUGAAAGAACUUGUUCCUAAAGAAUCUCUAGUCUACUAUUUAACAGGGAAAGUGCACAAAAAACUGGGUAAUACACAUUUAGCUUUAAUGCACUUCAGUUGGGCCACGGACCUGGACCCGAAAGGUGCUAAUAGCCAAAUUAAGGAAAGCAUAGAUCCACCUGUUUAUCGAAACUUGGAAGAAGAAUUUGAGGCUACUAGGCACAUGGUUGGUGAGGAUUUUCCUAGUGAAGGUAGCUCAGCUCCUGUCCAUGAGUCUUCUUCGCAGGAGGGAGCAGAAUUUGAAACUCCUCGUGUAAUUGACAGUGACGAGAGCCUGUAGCACUCCAUCAGCUUCUCCACAAGAACCUGACUGUUCUUGAAAAAGACAAUGUUGCCUCCAUACAACUUUUCACUUUUAGCUGUUUUUACAGAAGGCCUUCUAUACCUCAUUGAAGUAAUUCUGUUACCACUAUUGAUUCUGCAUGUAAUGAAAAUGGAAAUUUUAUAAUAAAACUUUUUGAUUUGGUUCCUAUUUCUAUAAAGGACUAAGAAGUUAACAGUUUUUGAAUUUAUCACAUCGUAUUAGUUAAACAUGACAUGUGAGUUCAGAACUGUUGUAACAAUUCAGAAAUCUUUUGUUUACACUUUGGAUGACAUUUAUUUGUGAUUUACAGUAUUCUACUUAAAAUUGUAAUGAUACUAUAGUAUGCUUUUUUUUAUGGAGGUAUAUUUCACAACGUGUAAAAUUUAUCGUCAGUGUAAUUUGGAAUUUGAUGUGUGUAUAUAUAUAUAUAAAUUGUGAUGUCAGUAGGCAACUACUCAAAGAGGAAAUAAUGCUUUAAGUGUCUAGAUUUUAUUUUAAAAAUCUGGCGUAAUACUGUAAAUUGUACCAAAACUUCUACUUUUCAUAGUCUUUAAUUUUAUUAUAUUCCUUCAAGAAUUUGGGUGAGUCAAAAUUUUUGUAUAUAUAUAUUGUUGCUCAUUGACUGUAUAAUAAUAUUUAUAUUUAUUUAUUAGCAUGCCUGAUGUAAAUGAAGUUAUUGUAUCAUACUUGUAUAAGUUACUGUUGAAAACAAAGAUGUAUAUAAUGUUUAUUAAAGCAGUGGUUUCUUAUUAGUACUGAUGUAUAAUGUUAUGUGACUGCUAAGAAUUUUCUUUUCAAUUUGCACUGAAAUUUAUUUGCAUUUACAGAUUAUUAAGUUUUAUACUUUUAUACAACUAUAGACUGUUUUAUGUAGGUUUUCAAUGGCAGCACACACUGAGUACAACUAUGAUCCUGUGGGUGCUAAGUACUGGAUUAUCUUUUGCUGUGACUGAGAACUAAAAGAUGAUUGAAGCUUAAAUAUAAAAAGAGUUCUUUGCAUCACA